AGGGCCGUUGGUGGGCAGCGCGAGCGGGGCGGAGUCAGUCAGGCAGACCGGCCCGAGCUGGUGGCGCGCGUGACGCCCGCGCGUUCGAUUUGAAUCUCGAGCGGCGGCGGCGCAGUCACGGUGGAGGAGAGAGAGCGCGAGGGAGGAGGGUUCGUCUUGCACCGACUUCCAUCCGUGCAGGAGAGCAUUUACAAAGUCAACGAAUCAGAGGAGCGUGAGGAAGAGCUGCGCUGUGAUCUAUCAGUGACUUGUACCUUGCUUUAGCCCCGACACCCCCAGCCGGAACCGUGUCUUGUUUCUGGUCAUCACAUCUCCGCACCCUCCCUUUUGCUACCCUCCCCAAAACCCUCCUGGUCAUUCCGGCCCAGGACUUCAGUACAUCCUUGUGCUUUCAAGAGUUAAAACAGCAGAAUGAAUAAAUCAGACUCCCAAGUAACUGAAGGGGGACUCAACGUCACUCUUACUAUCCGUCUACUAAUGCAUGGAAAGGAAGUUGGAAGCAUCAUUGGAAAGAAAGGGGAGACGGUGAAAAAGAUGAGGGAGGAGAGUUGUGCAAGAAUCAACAUUUCAGAGGGAUCCUGUCCAGAGCGCAUUGUAACAAUAACAGGCCCAACAGAUGCCAUUUUUAAGGCCUUUUCGAUGAUAGCAAACAAAUUUGAAGAGGACAUAAGUGCUUCAAUGACAAACAGUACAGUGGCAAGCAAACCACCUGUGACAUUACGCCUGGUUGUUCCAGCAAGUCAAUGUGGCUCACUCAUUGGGAAAGGAGGUUCAAAAAUCAAAGAAAUACGUGAGACCACAGGAGCCCAGGUACAGGUAGCAGGUGAUAUGCUUCCAAACUCCACAGAACGAGCAGUUACUAUUUCUGGCACACCAGACGCCAUCAUUCUAUGUGUUAAACAGAUCUGUGUGGUGAUGCUAGAGUCCCCACCCAAGGGCGCCACAAUUCCCUAUCGCCCAAAGCCUGCCUCUGCACCCGUCAUUUUUGCAGGUGGCCAGGUAAGAGCAGACAACAUUUUGGCUUCUGCAGGAAACCACAGCAUCUUGGCCCACCAUCAGCCAGCACCUGCAUAUGCAGUUCAGGGACAGUUUGCAAUUCCUCAUCCAGACUUGACCAAGCUUCACCAGUUGGCUAUGCAACAUACCCCUUUUACUCCCCUUGGGCAGACUACCCCCGGUUUCCCUGGAUUAGAUGCAACAGGUCAGACCAGUUCCCAUGAACUUACUAUUCCAAAUGAUUUAAUUGGAUGCAUUAUUGGCAGACAAGGAACCAAAAUAAAUGAAAUUAGACAGAUGUCUGGAGCACAAAUCAAAAUUGCGAAUGCCAUUGAAGGUUCCACAGAGCGACAGAUUACCAUCACAGGAUCCCCUGCCAACAUUAGCCUGGCACAAUAUCUCAUAAAUGCAAGCUUAGAGAUGGCUAAAGUCAGCGCUCAGACUGCUUCCAUCACCAACCCUGUUGAGCUGAACAUGAACCUCUCUCAGUCUGCUACCCCUACCUCCACCCCCAUCUCUGUGGCUGUUUUGGCAGCAGCAGCAGCUGCCUCUGUGGUUGAUGUGGACUCCCUUUCCCCUUUACCAACGCCCCACUAUUCUGUCUCCAACCUGCUUGGCAUGAACACUGUCCCAUUUUUGUCGCUUAAUGCCACAGCUGCUGCAGGGACCACAGAGGACAUAACUGCUUACAGUCCCAAAAUUACAUCGGUGAAAUCUGACCGGCAGAAGUUUGCUCCAUAUUGAGCGAUGUGAAUGUAGUUUUGUUGUUCUCUGCCAAGAUCAUGUGGUAGAAGAUAAAUGCUUAGCAAACAUUUUAAACUUUAUUCAUUUUUAAUGUAAUUGUUAACUCAAAAUUGUCUUUCAUCUUCCACUACUAUUAACAAGGUAAUGCAACUUGUUCCAACAGCUUCUGACCUAUUUUAUAAAAUAUUUUCCAACAAUUUAUGAAGAUUUAAUAAAUUAGGAAAAGAUUUAAUAGG